UUGAAGAACAUUAACAUGUCACUCCACACCCAAGAAGAAUGACAACAACUAGAAACCCACACAAGAAUCGCUACACACUCCCCAUCGUCUUCUUACUCUUAAUAUUCCUCGCAACCAUUGUCCUCUUUAGCAAAGGAACUCUCGAUUCCCGUUUAUCUGUUUACACAACAAUAACAGAUCCGAACAACCGACUUCCAGAUCCUGUGAUCGACAACUCCAAAUCCAAUACUGGAAUUGGGUUUGUUGAGACUCAGUCUAUUGACAAAACCCCAUUGCUUCAAACCAAGUCAAAAGAAUUGGAAUUCCUUAAUGAUGACUCAAUUUCGAUAAAUGAAACUGGGUUCGGUGAGUCUCCAGAGGAAAACCCACUUCCCCUAAAUGAUUUGGAAUUGGUCAAUGAUGACUCAGUUUCAGAAAAUCGAACUGGGGUUGUAGAGAAAACCCAGGUUCAUGAAGACGAGCAAGUUGCGGAAUUAGUUAAGAAGAGUGUGGAUUGGGGGAGGAGUUGUAAUAUGCAUUCUGGGAAAUGGGUGAAAGAUGAAGAGUACCCAAUUUAUAAACCUGGGUCUUGCCCUUUUGUUGAUGAAGCUUUUGAUUGUGAAGCUAAUGGAAGAUCUGAUGAAGAAUAUAUGAAAUGGCGGUGGGAGCCUGAUGCAUGUGAGCUUCCAAGGUUCAAUGCAACUGAUUUCUUGGUGAGACUAAGAGGAAAGAGAUUAAUGCUCAUCGGAGACUCUAUGAACCGGAAUCAAUAUGAGUCACUUCUUUGCCUUCUCUAUGAAAGCCUUCCUAACAAGAGCAAAAUGUACGAAAUUCAUGGCUACAAAAUAACCAAGGGAAGAGGUUAUUUUGUCUUUAAAUUUGAGGAUUAUAACUGCACAGUUGAGUUUUUGCGCUCUCAUUUUCUCGUGAGGGAAGGAAUUCGAAUCAAUGGGCAAGGAAACUCGAAUCCAACAUUAUCAAUGGAUAAAAUUGAUAAAUCAGCUGGACGUUGGAAGCGGGCUGACAUUCUUGUCUUUAAUACUGGACAUUGGUGGGUUCAUGGAAAAACUAGUAGGGGGAAAAAUUAUUUUACAGAGGGGGGUUACCUUUAUCCCAAGUUUGAUGCUGUGGAAGCUUUUAGGAGAUCAAUGAAGACAUGGGGAAAAUGGAUUGAUAAGAAUAUGGAUCAAGAAAAGUUGGUCUUUUACCGCGGCUACUCAUCUGCCCAUUUCAGAGGUGGAGAAUGGGAUUCAGGUGGAACAUGCCAUGACGAGACUGAGCCCAUUAGAAGUGGGAGAAUCAUAGAUUCGUACCCGCAAAAAAUGCAGAUACUUGAAGAAGUGAUCCAAGAAAUGCGAUUCCCAGUUGUAGUUUUAAAUGUUACAAGGUUGACCAAUUUUCGUAAAGAUGGUCACCCAUCGGUUUAUGGCAAAAACGUGACUGGUCUGAAAAAAGUGUCGACUAAAAAGGAAGAUUGUAGCCAUUGGUGUCUUCCAGGAGUCCCCGAUGCUUGGAAUGAACUCAUUUAUGCCACGCUAGUAGCUCGAUCACGGUAACCGCUUAAUGAUCAAACAUCAUUAUGCGUAGACUUUACAUUGCAACGGUCAAAGAACAACCUUAGAAGUUAUUAUACAUGAAGUACGUAGUCAUUGCAGAGGGUUGCAAAUCACAAACACAUUGUUUACACAUGUUUUUCAGAAAACGAUAAUAUUAUUCAAUUGGCAAAAUGGAAUGAAGUUUGUCUCGGUUCCUAUUUAAUGUAACAAAGAGUAUCUUUUUAUCAAUCCAUGUAACAUAGUUUCAAAAAUUUUAUUUAAUGUAACUAAGUUCCAACAUUUCAUG